AUGAUAAUGGCACCGGAAUCGAAUCCCUCUCUCACACCAUGCCCAAGACGACGACCUCGUGCUGCGACAACUAUGCACCCAACCACUCCACUGGGCCCUCCUGCCAUCUCUCUUAGCCAGAGUCCAGCUGGUGAUUAUAGUGGCCUAGGAACAGCCUCAGGUCCGCUGCGUCACCCAAAGCCCUUGACACCAUCCGACCUUCACUCCAUGGUUGAGAGGGAACAGGAAGCAAUGGUGAACCGUCUAUCAAGAGAGCUUUCCAUUCUUCGCCAGCAAACAGCCUCCGUGGCAUCAACAACAUCAUCUACCUCGACAACAUUCAACGACCCAAUAGAAACCCUUCAUUCGUCACCUUACCUUGGUACACGACAUCGGUCUUCCUCCAGUCUCAGUUCUUCUUAUAUUCCCGCCGUGCAAGAAUCAAGAGCCGGAAACAUUGGUAUCGCCGCAACGCGCGAGAAUGGGUUGUCGCUUUCGCGACCAGGUCGGAGUCGGCAGCAGUCGUUCAACUCUGUUCAACCCUCCGGAUCGGCUUCACCGUCACUGUCAUCAUCGCUGCAGCAGGUCGACCAUUUUCCGCGCCGGCGGUCAGUCUCUCACACUCAUGUUACUUCACCAACUGCCAUUUCCCGACUAGAGGAGACUGCUCAGCAUUGUGGAGACUUUGAAUCGAUCAAGCGUGAAAAUGAGGCAUUGCGUCAACGAGUGCGAGAUCUGGAGCUGGCUCUCAAAAAAUCCCAGGAACGUGGACCGACGUCUCCAAAGGCGAGCUAA